AUGUUUUAUAUUUAUCCCCCUGAGGUGACCGUGUUUCCCAAGGAGCCUGUGGAGCUGGGCCAGCCCAACACCCUCAUCUGCCACAUUGACAAAUUCUUCCCACCAGUGCUCAACGUCACGUGGCUGUGCAACGGAGAGCCGGUCACUGAGGGUGUCGCUGAGAGCCUCUUCCUGCCCAGAACAGAUUAUAGCUUCCACAAGUUCCAUUACCUGACCUUUGUGCCUUCGGCCGAGGACUUCUAUGACUGCAGGGUGGAGCACUGGGGCUUGGACCAGCCGCUCCUCAAACACUGGGAGGCCCAAGAGCCAAUCCAGAUCCCUGAGACAACGGAGACUGUGCUCUGUGCCCUGGGCCUGGUGCUGGGCCUAGUGGGCAUCAUCGUGGGCACCGUCCUCAUCAUAAAGUCUCUGCGUUCUGGCCGUGACCCCCGGGCCCAGGGGCCCCUGUGAAGUACUGUAAAGGUGGGAAUGUAAAGAGGAGGUUCUAGGAUUUGUAGAAUGUAAGGAAGGGAGGAAAAAUUCAAUCCGAUAAUUGUUCAUUGAUCUUCUAAUGGGUUAAAAGCAUUCAGCCACAUAACAACAACAACAUUGAUAACUAACAGUAGUUAAUAUGCUCAGGCGCUAUUCUGAGCGUUUAUGUUUAUUAACUCACUUUAUUCUCACAAAUAGUCUUUGAGGUAGGUACUAUUAUUUUCACCAUUUCACAUGAGAGAUACUUCUAUCUUUUUACAUACACAGAGACCUGAAGCACCUUGAUCAAGUUCCCACAGCUAUGAAGUAGUAGGGCUAGCUUCCAAUCCAGAAAGUCUAGAUCCAAGACUGUUUAUCCACUAUACUAUACACCCUAUUUUGUGAAAGAAAAGACCAAGUUCAAAUUCUCCAAGAGUCCAUUGUCUAUUAAUGGAGGCAGAUCUAUAUUUCUAUACAUAAUUACAACACAGUGUGGUGGGUACCUGUACUAUUUACUGCCUUUACUUGGACUCAUUCCAUGGCAAUGCCACACAAAAAAUGCCCCUCCGGAGAUCUUAUAGUUUUCUAUUUUUCGUAACAUUCACCAUGUUUUAUAUUUGUAUGUGUUUUGGAAAUUCUCUUAGCAUUAGGUAGUGAACUUCCAUGCAGAUGACCACAUCUAAUUCAUUAUUAUUAUUGUUAUUCAUGCUGGACAUCAGGUACAAAAGGUUAAGGACUUCUCAGUUCAUUAUACUAUCAUCAUUGGUGCCUCCGAGCUCUCAAUCUCUCUCGAUUUAUUUGGUCCCUUUUAUCCCCCGUCGUUACUCCCAUAUCUAACCUCUUACCCCGACCUCAUAGGCAAACAUUUUAAUGAAUUUGCUGUUUCCUUUCAUUUGCAUAGAUCCUGUAUAAUAUGUAUUAGUGUUCAGUGUACAUGUAUUUUAAUUAGCCAAAAUGACAUUAAAUUAUAGAUCUAAUUUUGUA